AUGGCGGAAGGACGACCGACCAAACUGCGAAAGCUCUCCCAUACCAACUCUGGUGGUGAUGGUGUCGAUGUCGCCUCGAAUGAUUCUGGAUCUCCCGACAUUGUCGUUGAUGAAGAUGUUGAUCAGUCCCGCGGCCCAGAAGACGGGACUAACGAGGCUCCUGAGGCCAAUGGGACCUCGCCAGACCAGAAUGGGGAAGCCAAGUCGAUGUCCAAAAACCAACUGAAGAAGCUACGCAAGCGCCAGGAGUGGGAAGCAGGCCGGGACUAUCGCAAAGCCAAACGCAAGCAGAAAGCCAAGGAGAAGAAAGAGCGGAAGCGGGCAAGCAAGGAGGAACGUAGGGUCAACGGAGUGCUCGAGGAACCUCAGUCGAGGAAGCCCCGGAACCCUGUCCAGCUGCCGAUCACCUUCAUCAUCGACUGUGGCUUCGAUGACUUGAUGAUGGAGAAGGAGAUGAUUUCGUUGGGAUCUCAGAUCACGCGAGCCUAUUCGGACAAUUCGCGCUCGACUUACCAAGCUCACAUUGCCGUCAGCUCUUGGGGAGGCAAACUGAGGGAGAGGUUCGAUACCAGGCUCAGUGGCAACUACAAAAAGUGGAGAGGGAUUACGUUUUUGGAAGAGGAUUUCGUGGACGUGGCCGAGAGAGCUACUCGGUGGAUGGCUGAUCCAAAACGGAACAAGAUGGCCGGUGCGUUCCUGAAGCAUGCUAAGCCACAAGCAAGUCAGGAAAGCCAAGCUUCAAAGGAGAGCAUCUAUCCUUCCGAAGCUGGCCGAGAUGAAGAAGAUGUUCAACCCAAGCCUGAUGAGCACGAUGACUCUUCCUCAAAGGCGAGACAGGAGCACAAAGAGUCAGACCGAUCCUCAGCUGGGCAGCCUGAGUCCGCGCAAAAGGAGUCCGACGAAUCUAACGGCACCACCGCUCCCAAUUCCUCGCAAGCGGUCGAGGGUGAGAUCAUCUACCUCAGCUCCGACUCACAAUUCACGCUGGAAGAACUCAAGCCCAACAGCACGUACAUCAUCGGUGGUCUGGUAGACAAGAACAGACACAAGGGCAUCUGUCACAAGAUCGCAGGCGAGAAGGGAGUGCGCACGGCCAAGCUUCCCAUCGGCGAGUACAUGGAGAUGCAGAGUCGGUCUGUCCUCGCCACGAACCAUGUGAAUGAGAUCAUGCUGCGGUGGCUGGAGUGCGGCGACUGGGGCCAGGCUUUUAUGCAGGUGAUUCCGAAAAGGAAGGGUGGGAAGCUGCGGGAUCAGGACGAUGAUGCGGCGGAUGCGAGGGCUGCUGAUGACGAUGAUGGUAUGGACGAUGUGACUUCUGCGGAUGGCGAGAAUGAUGAGGGCGUUGGGCAACCCGUUGACGCGGAGCCAAUUCAAGACGACGAAACAACAGGAGAGACUUCAGUGCUCCCAUAG